ACGAUAAGAAUUAUUUUUUAAAACUUUUUAAACACUACUUUAAUUUAAAUUUUAUGCUUAUGUGUUACAGUAUCAUCGUAAAUACGAUUAUCUCGUACCCUAUCGUGUGGAUUCGGUUUGCGAUUUGCAACAGUCGCGAUUAUGUUUCGUAAGCAUCGAAGUUCAAAUUAGCACUAUCAAAGGCACGCAAGUUACGACUGCCAUGCGUAGCGUAGACUAGGUUAAGUUCCUCAUGGUAAGCAAGACGUCGUGUCGCUGAUGCGCUGCCAGGAGUACAAAUUCGCGCGGACUGACGUAAUCCUGGAACAGUGACCGGGCCCACUAGUCAGGCACAAAAGAGAAAUAAUCGUAAACCGCCGACGCGACAGCUUGUCCGCGUAUCGAGGUACCGAACGUGCGCGACGUGUUGAGGUUAGGCCAUGGCGAAGCACCUGCUACGAGUCAUCCUGAUGGGCACGCAGGUCGUCGGCAAGGCGUUCGCGCGCGCGUUGCGCCAGGAGAUCGCGGCGAGUCAAGAGGCGGCGCGGCGGGCGGGCGGUGGCAGGCAGGGCGCGCAGCACGUCGCCGCCAACACCAGGACCGGUGUCACCCUGGAGGAGGCCCUUCGCAUUCUGAACGCGGAGCGUCCCGACCAGACCGAGCUGAUCGAGCGAAACUACAAGUAUCUCAUGGAGGCCAACGACAGAUCGAAGGGUGGCUCGUUUUACUUACAGUCCAAAAUCGUCCGUGCCAAGGAACGCAUCGAUGAGGAACUGAAAAACGUGAAACAGACAACGGAUCCGCCUCCUCCACGGCAAGAUUCGACGAGCAGUCGAGAAGGUUCCAGGCAGCCAUGAGACUCUCUCCUAGCAUAAAUUGUCUUACUCUAAUUCUAGACUGUACAUACCUUCAUAAUAAAUAAUAGUUUCUGAUAUA